GAGUCAGAGGGGAAAGCGUCCACAGAUAAAAAUCUUUGACCAACAUCCAUCCUGUCAGAGCAUCUUUCUUAUCACCCGAGGACCGUCCUCAACUCGGAGUAUCAAUUCCAAACUCGUCCCGAUCCCUGUCCCACCGCUGGGAACAUCCCUUCGGCCUGGAUUCACUUUUCUUCUCCAUCUGUGGCAACCUGUUACUCAGGAAUCCAGACGGUGCUAAAUGGUAAAUGAAACAAAACUGACAAGAGGUAAUUUCUCUCUGGAUUAAAAGCACGCAUCAGAGGCAGGUUUGCUCCAAGUGACAGAGAUCGAAGGAAAUAUGACGGCGCUGGCAGGAGGUUUGCCCAGAAUGAUGAGACCGACUCCUCACCAGAACUACACACGGGGAGGAUACUCCCUGGAAGUUUCCACUCCGUUAGGACAGGGUCGGGUCAACCAGCUCGGAGGAGUCUUCAUAAACGGCAGACCUCUCCCCAACCACAUCCGCCACAAAAUCGUGGAGAUGGCCCACCACGGGGUCCGGCCGUGCGUAAUCUCCCGGCAGCUGAGGGUGUCCCACGGCUGCGUCUCCAAGAUCCUCUGCCGGUACCAGGAGACGGGCUCCAUCAGGCCGGGAGCCAUCGGAGGCAGCAAACCAAAGCAAAGUGCUUCUCCUGAAGUGGACAAGAAGAUCGAGGAGUACAAAAGAGAAAAUCCCGGCAUGUUCAGCUGGGAAAUCAGGGACAAACUACUGAAAGAUGGAAUCUGCGACAGGAACAACGUCCCCUCAGUGAGCGCCAUCAGCCGCAUCAUGCGUUCUAAGUUUGGAGGAGUUGGUGAGGACGAGGAGGAGGAUGAUGAGAUGGUGAAGAGGACGCUAGAGGAGAGCGAACCCCGGACAAAACACAGCAUCGACGGCAUCCUGGGAGACAGAUCAAGCCACUCAGACGAGGCUUCCGACGUGGAUUCGGAGCCAGGCCUACCUUUAAAGAGGAAGCAGCGCCGCAGUCGGACGACCUUCACCGCGGAGCAGCUGGAGGAGCUGGAGAGGGCCUUUGAACGCACGCACUACCCAGACAUUUACACCCGAGAGGAACUGGCUCAGAGGGCCAAACUGACGGAAGCUCGAGUUCAGGUGUGGUUCAGCAACAGAAGAGCUCGGUGGAGGAAACAAGCAGGAGCCAAUCAACUAAUGGCUUUUAAUCACCUAAUACCAGGUGGUUUCCCACCAUCAGCUAUGCCAGGCCUGCAGCCUUAUCAGCUGUCAGACAGCCCUUACCCUCCAACCUCUAUACCCCAAGCAGCCUCCGAUCAGCCAAGUACGGUUCAUCGGCCUCAGCCUCUGCCUCCCACCUCCAUGCACCAGAGCGCGCUCAGCUCAUCCACAGCUUCCCAGGAAGGAGGCUCAGGAUAUUGUCUUUCUUCUGGAAGACACAACUUCUCAGGAUACUCAGAGAGCUUUGUGUCCCAGACAGGACAUGCCAACACUGUUAACCCCAGCAUCAGCAACACCAUCUCACCACAGGUUAUGGGCUUGCUGAACCCGAGUGGAGUGCCGCAUCAAUCCCAGAGUGACUUUGCCCUCUCCCCUCUCACAGGAGGCCUUGAGCCUAAUGGAGCCAUGGCUGCUAGCUGUCAUGGCUCUCAGCGCUUGGAGGCCCUUCCAAGCCUGAGCAGCAUGCCUGCCCUACCAAGCACACAGUCUUACUGCCCACCUUCCUACACCUCCCCAGGAUAUGCUGUGGACCACCACCCUAGCUACCAGUAUGGACAGUACAGUCAGAGCAAGGUGCCUUUCAUUAUAUGAAGCUUCAACGUGGACUAGGCAGGAAGCUCAUAUGCAUAUGCUGACAUUCCUACCCGGAGAGCACUGCCAUCCACUGCCUUUGCCAACUUCUCCAGUCCUGGGGACAGCAAGACCAGUAGUGGGGGAGGUGAAAGGGUUUACUUGGUUUUACUUCAUCAGAAGCAGAGACACUUUGAAUGGUGUGAUGGAAAUGAAGCAGCUGGUUUGUAAUAAAUGAGGAUUGUAGGCACAGACCUCCACCAAUGCCCAUCAUGCCAUGCUCCAAGGACCAAGCACAGUUUUUUGUGUGAUUCAGGAAAAAAAGGAGGUGGGGUAGUAGGUAUGAACUGUAUGUUCAGGACAUUGUAUUUAAAUCUUAAAAUAUGGCAGAGAUGUAAUUUGGACUUUUCCACCCUAGGGGCCUCUGUUGCCUUUUGUGGUUGAAGGGUUAAACUGGAUCAUCACAAUUUCUUACUGUAUAUUGAUGAGACUCAUGCAUAUGAAGUUGGACAUCAAAAUGUGGCUGCUUUUGGAAAUCUAGCAAGAAAGCAUGAGCUGAAGCUAAGUGACGUCGGUGCAACCCAAAAAAAGUGCAAUACAUUCAUACCUCAUGUGCUGUAAAUGAACACAGUUUGAGGGUUUCCAGUUCUAUCCUUGAUGAACUGCUCUCUCUUUACAGUGGUAUAAAAUUUUGGGUGUGCGCAUUUAUCAGUCAGGGGAACUUAUCAAGCAAUGGAUAGUAGUGAAUGUAGUCAUGCAGUCUUUUGCCAAAAAAUAUAUAUAAAUAAAAUUCUAAACCAGUGAAUACAAUAGUCAGCUUGACUGUUAAUUUUUGUUGUUGCUUUGCAUGUUUAUUUAGUUGUUACCAAGAACCUGCCAAUUUUUAGUUGCCUUCCUUAUUUAUUAAAUGUUGCUCAAUUGUUUUUUUUACAGUACAUUUUCUGCAAGUGCUCCGCUGUUCUUAAGUCUGACACAAAGUCAAUUAUUCCCUUUGUUUUGUAUGUUUUUUAAAAAUUUACAAUUGUGUGAUAUUUUUGUUAUUGUACCAAGUUUUGUGUAAAGUAUAGCACUAUUACUAUUUAUAAUAAACAAUGUACAAAAUGCAGAAAGUUUA